ACUUAUUUUCAACUUUUUUCAUAUUGUGUUACAACUGAUUUCCUGUAGCCAUUUCUCAUCCACUUUCUUUCUACAUGAACCUCCAGUGAUGGCUUCUUGACAUUUCUUAGGUUGGCAUCCUCAUAGUGACAACAGUAGACCGUGCCAGGGUAAUGUAUCUAGUAACGGCCACUUUUGUAAUCUGGAUUGGAAGCCUAUGUGACAAGGAGACAGUGCAGGUAAGGGUAAGGGUAAUAUGUUCAUGAACAAGGACCUUCACAAUAAGAUCUAUAGGUAUUAUAAUAUGAGAAAGCUGCAGACUGAGAAACAUUAAAAUGAGGUUUUAAAAUACUGUAAUGUGUUAAAACUUGAAUUAUUGGGUUUACAUCUACUUUAACGAUCACGCUUUACUUCCUUUCUUCUUUGCAAUUCAAACCAAACUCAUUUACAUCAACUAAGCAAAUCUGAUUUGUAAAAUUGUAAUCUUCUGCCUUGAGCUGAUGGAUCAGAGUAAUGUGACCAGAAUUACCACAAUCCGCCUCUUAGGAUUCCAGAUUCCUCAAACUAUUACAUUUUUGGUGUUUUCUAUUUUCCUUAUGAUUUAUUGUGUGACAAUAUGUGGAAACCUCCUGAUCAUCACACUGGUGUCCUACAGCAAAUCCCUCCAUUCCCCCAUGUACUUCUUCCUCUCCCAUCUUUCUGUAUUGGACAUAAUACUGUCAUCUGAUAUUCUUCCUAACAUGAUCAGCACUGUUUUGGUAAAAAAUACUACCAUGUCAUUUUCUGAUUGCCUCACCCAGUUUUCUGUCUGUGUUAUCACAGAAUGUUCAGAGUGUCUUCUUCUGACAGUGAUGAGUUGGGACAGAUAUUUGGCCAUUUGUAAACCAUUGCAUUAUGCCUCAAAAAUGAACUACCAGGUUUGUUGGAAACUGGUUAUCCUAUGCUGGAUUAUAGGAUUGUUUUUAGUAUUUAUUUACACUUUAACCAUGUCAAAUUUACAAUUUUGUGGUCCCAAUAUUAUUGAUCAUUUUUUCUGUGACUUUGAUCCCAUCCUACAACUCUCCUGCUCUGAUACCAGCAUUGUUCGUUUGGAACUGACAAUUUUGGGUGUUAUUGUUGUAAUUUUCCCAUUCUUUACCAUCUUUGUAUCAUAUUUUUAUAUUAUAAUCACAAUUUUUAAAAUCCCAUCAAUUACUGGCAGACAGAAAGUUUUCUCAACAUGCAGCUCCCACCUGACUGUUGUGUCCAUCUAUUAUGGUACCUUGGUUUGUGUUUACUUGACACCUAAUAGAGGACAGACACAGACCCUAAAUAAGUUGUUAUCAUUACUGUACACUGUUGUCACCCCAAUGAUGAAUCCAAUUAUAUACAGCCUGAGAAACAAAGAUCUGAAAAAAGCUGUUAAAAAUGUAAUCAAAAACGUAAAAAUUUGUUUCAAUAAAGAUUAA